UUUGAAGUUUGAUUAUUUAUUUACUAGUCUGAACUCUGUGCUUUAAUGUUGGAUUUUUCAGAGACUUUUUCUCAUAAUAUUUUCCAAGUGCAAUGAUUAAUGAAUAAUCAUUGUUCCUAAUAUCAGAUAUUUGAUUCAGUUUCCUCAUAAUACUUUUCCCAAAUCAUUCUCCAAUCGUGGGUAUAAAACUACAACACCUAUUGUAAUUGCCACCUAUUCGCCUGGUAAAGUGGGUAACCGAUUAUGAUUGAAUUUGAAUUUGAAAAUAGUCAAAGCAUUUGUCGAAUUUGCUUUGAAAUAAAAAGUGAUGUUCGUCCAUUGUUUUCAAAAAAAGAGGAUCGUUUUAUUUAUGAGGAACUCGUAAAAUAUGCUCAUUUAAAUCUUCACAUAAACGAUGGGGGGCCAGCGACGAUCUGCGGCCAAUGCUUUGAAGAGUUAAAUGUAUUCAUGGCAUUUUUGGACAAAUGUAAAAGGGCCAAUGAAAUUUUUCUUCAACAUAUGCAGUGCCAAAAUGAUACCAGACAUAGUGACAGGGGUCAAAACUUACUGCACGGUGCAAGUCAUAGUGAUAGAAGUAACAUCUUGCUACAUAGCAAAAGCCAGAUUGACAGUGGUACUAAUUUGUCACAUGCAAACCAUAUUGACAGCAGUAGUAACUUGCCACAUUGUGCAGAUGAAAGGGACACAGAGGAUGGUUCAAACAAAAACGAAAACUGUGGACAAGACAAUUUGACACACAACCUAAACAAUCCUAUGUUGAAGGUUGCUCAAAGCAAGCCUGCAUCCCAUAAAUGUCAGAUAUGCUCCAAAGUAUUCACUAGGAAGUUUAACUAUAAACAACAUCUCGCGAGGCACCGCGGCGAGCGGCAGCGGGCGGGCGCGCGGGGCGGCGGCGCGCGGUGUUGCGGCGCGCGCAAGGCGUGCCCGGCGCCCGGCUGCGGGAAGAGCUUCACCUCCGUCACCAACCUGCGCACGCACAUCAGGACACACAGCGGAGAAAGACCAUUCAGCUGCGAAGAUUGCGGGAAGACGUUCGGGAGCAAGAACACGUUAAGGGAUCACAUGAAAAUACACACAGGCGAGAAGCCGUACAUGUGCCCCGCGUGCGGCAAGCAGUUCGCCACCAACAAGCUGGCGGCGCACAUGCGCACGCACGGCGCGCGCGCGCACGCCUGCCCCGCG